CGUUUUCGACGAAAGCGAAAACUGUGGAGAAAGCUUCGGCACUACCAGCUUGGGAUCAGUUGGACGACGGAAUGCAGCAGCUGAUCAGAGUGGCGCGGACGUUGGGUCAACGAUCGAGCGGCGCAUGGAGUGUGCGGAGAAUCGGAGGUGGAGACAGGGGAAUCGCCUGCCUGGCCGCCCUGCCCGAGACCCACCAGAUUCUUCAGAAGACUUGUCGUGAGUUUGCCAAUGCGGAACUGGCGCCUAAGGCCCGGCACCAUGAUCGAAAGGAGCUCUUCCCGGCGGAACAGAUCCGCCGGUUGGGGGAACUCGGCCUGAUGGCGGUGGCGGUACGGGAGGAGUACGGUGGUUCCGGACUCGACUACCAGGCCUAUGCAAUUGGCAUGGAGGAGGUGGCUCGCGGCGAUGCAGCAGUGUCUAUCGUGAUGGGCGUGAAUAACCUGUACCUGGGUGCAGUGCAGCAGCACGGAACGGAGGAUCAGAAGCGCGAUUUCCUGGUGCCCUACACCCAGGGUGAUCACAUCGCCUUUUACGCUCUAUCGGAACCCGGAAACGGAUCGGAUGCAGGAGCUGCCAGCACUACGGCCAAAUUGGACGGAGAUAGCUACAUACUCAACGGCACCAAGGCGUGGAUAUCAAACUCAAAGGAGGCCAGCGGUGGAAUAGUCUUCGCCACGGUGGACAAGGCCCUGAAGCACAAGGGAAUCACUGCCUUUCUUACGCCCAAGGAUGUUCAAGGACUUUCGAUAGCCAAAAAGGAGAGCAAGAUGGGCAUGCGGGCCACGUCGACAUGCCAGCUUGUGCUGGAGGAUGUCCAGGUGCCUCGAUCCCGAGUCCUUGGUGCUCCCGGCGAUGGCUUCAAGAUAGCCAUGCAGUCCCUGGACUGCGGAAGGAUCGGAAUCGCCGCCCAGGCCACAGGAAUCGCUCAAGCUGCCCUGGAAUUGGCCGUCGACUAUUCGCAGAAGAGAGUGGCCUUCGGGAAGCAGCUGGCGCGGAUGCAGCUCAUCCAGCAGAAGCUGGCCGACAUGGCCAUCCGGGUGGAGACUUCCAGGCUGCUCACUUGGCGCGCCGCCUGGCUAAAGGACAACGGGCUGCCCAUCACCAAGGAGGCGGCCAUGGCCAAGCUUCACGCCUCCGAGGCGGCCACUUUCUGCGCCCACCAGUGCAUCCAGGUGCUGGGCGGGAUGGGCUACACCACCGAUCUGCCCGCGGAGAUGUACUACCGGAACGCCCGCGUCACGGAGAUCUACGAGGGAACCUCGGAGAUCCAAAGGAUCGUGAUUGCUAACGCAGUGCUCCAAGAAUUGGGCAGGGAGUGAUUUUAUCGUAGAACUGGAAGACAAAUCCGAAAUAUUGCAUUUA